AUGGCGGAAGGACGUGCACGGGCCAAGAUCACGCUCGCUGGAUCACUUGUGUAUUUUUUCGAUGUUUGGGUGGGUCCGCCGACCGGCGGUCAGGACUUAAUCAUCGGCAUGGACUUCAUGGUACCGGCGGGUAUCCGCCUCGCUCUUGCCGACGGGACAAUCUGCCUGCCAGACGAAGUGCGGAUCCAGCUCGCUGGGAGACGUCCGCUCUACGGAGACAAGGUGGAGCAGGUGACCUUGACCGGUUACCGCGAGAUCGACAUAGCGGGAUCCGUUGAGGUGAAGCUGCGCACAAGAUCAACAGAGCAUCAGAAACUCUGGGUUACGCGCGGCGAUCGGUGGGUGCCUACCGUGACUGGUGGACCGGACAAGAUCCGCUACUUGCAACUGACAAACGUGAGCGAUCGCGAGUUAGUGCUGCAUCAGGGUACGCGACUCGCGAUGUGGCUGGCCGGAGAUCGAGUGCCGCGCUCACCUGGGUAUGUCUCCGUUGGAUCUCGCAGGUACGCGGAGUGGCAGAACUUGGCGUACCAAGCAACCACCGACACUACCAAGGACGUGCCUGAGCCCGCCGACGUGCAGGGGUCUGCUGUGGAGCGGCCGCAGUACACAACGGCGAUCUUGACCCGGCCAGCGAAGAGAGCAGAGGUGGCCACUGUGCACACCGAGUGCGUGGCGUCCAAGCGCCCCAACGAUUCCAACCCGGAAGAGUCGUACGGCAACCCCACCGCGUCUUACUCGACGCCCGGCAGGGACGAGCAGCCCAAGAAUAGCGACGAAUUCGGCACGGGAGGAACGCGCCAUGAUUUCGCCACUUCGCAGGGGGCGGAGAGACCAUCGGGUGAUUACGACGCUGGGAAUACAGCCUGCGGCACGGAUUGUUUGGAAGAUCAAGGCUGCGAUCGGCCCCAGCCGGUGUGA